CAAAUUUAUCCAAAUGAUUUGUCCUUUAGUGAAGUUCAUCAGCUGCUUGAGCUCAAUAAAUUUAUUACACAUUCCCAUAUAUCUUACAAAAAGGAAUUCAUGCAUAUACUGAUAAAUGGCCAAUGCUAGCUGUAACGUGCAUUAUUGAUUGCGCAUUUCAGUGCCGAAAAUGCCGUACAAUACAAUAAUGGAAGAAUCUUGAUGAUAUACAUGUGACAAAUAAUUUUUAGAUAAGAACGAGGUCUACUUGUAACAAGACUUGUGUAGUAGAAGGAAAAUGGAGAUGUCAAUGGAGCAAAACAAAGACACUGAACAUGUUGAAAGGAAAAAGGGUGGUUAUAGAACAAUGCCCUUUAUCAUAGCAAAUGAGACUUUUGAGAAGGUUGCAAAUGUAGGACUUCAUGUGAACAUGGUUUUGUACCUGCUAAACGAGUAUCAUGCAGAGCCUUCAACUGCGGCUAUCAUAAUAUUCUUGUGGAAUGCUGGAUCCAAUUUUAUGCCACUUUUUGGUGCUUUACUUUCUGAUUCUUGCCUUGGACGAUUUCGUGUUAUUGCUUGGGGAACAAUCAUCGACCUUCUCGGAUUAAUUGUGUUGUGGCUAACUGCAAUCAUUAGGCAUGCAAGGCCACCAGAGUGCAAUAAUGGAGAAUCAUGUACAAGUGCAACAGGAAUGCAAUUCUUGUUUCUUUUCUCUUCACUUGCUCUAAUGGCUUUUGGAGCUGGUGGUAUUAGGCCAUGUUCUUUAGCAUUUGCAGCUGAUCAAAUUAACAAUCCAAAAAACCCAAAAAAUGAGAGAAUUAUGAAGAGUUUCUUCAAUUGGUACUAUGUUUCAGUUGGUGUUUCAGUUAUGGUUUCGAUGGUAUUCAUAGUAUAUAUUCAAGUUAAAGCAGGUUGGGUUAUUGGUUUUGGUAUACCAGUGGGUCUUAUGUUGUUUUCUUCUGUCGUGUUUUUCUUGGGAUCUUUUAUGUAUGUUAAAGUGAAACCAAACAAGAGUUUACUUGCUGGAUUUGCUCAAGUCAUUGUUGCAUCAUGGAAAAACAGACACUUAACUUUGCCUCCAAACAACUCUGGUUUGUGGUAUUUCCAAAGUGGCUCUAAUCUUGUUCAGCCCACGGACAAAGCAAGGUUCUUGAACAAGGCUUGCAUUAUGAAGAACAGAGAAAAAGAUUUAGACUCUAAUGGGAUGCCAAUUGAUCCAUGGAGUUUAUGUACAGUAAGACAAGUAGAGGAGUUGAAAGCAGUAAUCAAAGUUCUUCCGCUAUGGUCAACUGGCAUCACAAUUGCAGUUACAAUAAGCCAACAAUCGUUUUCUGUGGUCCAAGCAACCACUAUGAACAGAAUGGUUCACAAUUUUGAGAUUCCACCAACAAGUUUUAGUGCAUUUGGAAUUCUCACCUUAACCAUAUGGGUAGCUAUUUAUGACCGCAUUAUAGUUUCUUUGUUAUCAAAGUACACAAAAAAAGGAAAAGGACUCACUUUAAAGCAAAGAAUGGGAAUUGGAAUAGGAAUAUCAUGUUUAGCCACCUUAGUAGCAGCAUUAGUAGAGAAAAAAAGAAGAAAUGAAGCAAUUAGAGAAGGAUUUAUAAAUGAUCCAAAAGGUGUAGUGAACAUGUCUGCAAUGUGGCUAGUACCUCAACAUUGCUUAGUUGGUUUAGCUGAGGCAUUCAGUGCAAUUGGACAAAUUGAGUUUUUUUACUCUCAAUUUCCUAAAAGUAUGUCUAGUAUUGCUGUUUCACUUUUUACUCUUGGAUUUGGGACAGGAAAUUUGGUGGCUACCAUUAUAGUUAAGUCUGUUAAAAAUGGGACACAAAGAGGAGGUCAAGUUAGUUGGUUAUCAGCAAAUAUCAAUCAAGGGCACUAUGAUUACUACUAUUGGCUCCUUACUAUUCUAAGUUUGGUGAAUAUGUUUUACUUCUUGUUGUGUAGCUGGGCUUAUGGGAGUACUGAAGAUAUAAAAAAUUGGGAUGAAGAGGUUGAUACAAAAUCUGAAAUGUCAAAAUAUGAGGAAGAAAAUAUCUAGUUAAUUACAUUCAAAGGAAAAGUAAAUCUAGUUAAUUAACCAAAACUCCAAAAAGGUUCUUUUUUUUUUUUAGGGCAAACAAAAGAUUUCUCUUCUAUAUUUUAUUGUGAUUGUAUUGGUAAAUUUAUUUCUCUUUGUUAAGAAGUACUACUUUUUUAAUGCAAUUAUUUGCUAUCAUCUAUUUAUCUUUUAGUUGUAUUUGUUAAA